GGAGUGGAGCAUGUGGCUACUCGCUUCAUUAAAGUAAAAACGUCACGACAGACCUUUAAGUGACGUUGCGAGCGCUGACGUUUUUAUGACGGAGCUGUUUCAGUGGUCUCGGGUGUCGACUGUCACUCUGGCGAGCAGUACAGGUGGUCAGCGGAGCUUUUACCAACUCAACAGCUGCUGACAAAAAGUGCAAAACACAGAUUGGAUUAACAGUUCAAGAGCUUUCCGGACUUGCCCAUUCUUUCCCAGGAAAUCAAAACACAUUUUCCAUUACGGCAGAAUACGGGAGCUGACACUUCUCUUUUCUGUUGUACUACUGAGGACAUCCAGGAGAUUGCGAGUGUGGGUGGCACUCAUUUAAAAGACUGCGAUGCACCGCUUAAGGACUUGUGCGGCACGGCUCCGGCCUAUAACUGCCUCUCAGACUGCUAAAAAUCUAUCACAGCAGGGGCCAGCAGCCACACCUAGGACGUUUCAGCCAUUGAGGUGCUUCUCGGCACCUGUGGCAGCAGAGCCGUUUCUGAACGGAACCAGCUCUAAUUAUGUUGAGGAGAUGUACUAUGCGUGGUUGGAGAAUCCCAAGAGUGUGCACAAGUCUUGGGACAUUUUCUUCAGGAAUGCAAAUGCUGGUGCCCCUCCAGGUACAGCUUACCAGAGUCCUCCUCCAUUGGGUGUGAGUCUGGCUGGACUUGCUCAGGCCCAGUCACUCGUGGGGGCGCAGCCGAAUGUAGAGAAGCUGGUGGAAGACCAUCUGGCAGUUCAGUCCCUUAUCAGGGCCUAUCAGAUACGUGGUCACCAUGUGGCUCAGCUGGACCCUCUUGGGAUCAUGGAUGCUGAUCUGGAUUCAUGCGUUCCCACCGACAUUAUUACAUCAUCGGAUAAACUCGACCUUACACAUGUCAAGAAGCGUCUAAGCGCUCUAACCAUUGGAGAGUCUGAAUUUCACUUUGCUGAAAAUUCUCAAAUCUGUAACUGGGAAAAGGGUUUCUAUGGGCUGGAAGAGUCUGAUCUGGAUAAAGUGUUCCGCUUGCCCACCACCACCUUUAUCGGAGGUGACGAGAGUGCUCUGCCCCUCAGGGAAAUCAUCCGUCGCUUAGAGAUGGCGUAUUGCCAGCAUAUUGGGGUCGAGUUCAUGUUCAUCAAUGACCUAGACCAGUGUCAGUGGAUCAGACAGAAGUUUGAGCGUCCUGGAGUCAUGCAGUUCAGCCUGGAGGAAAAGAGAACACUGCUAGCUCGCAUGGUCCGCUCCACCAGGUUUGAGGAGUUCCUGCAGAGAAAAUGGUCAUCUGAGAAGCGCUUUGGACUGGAGGGCUGUGAAAGUCUAAUCCCUGCACUCAAAACCAUCAUUGAUAAAUCCAGUGAGAACGGCGUAGACACUGUUAUCAUGGGCAUGCCUCACAGAGGACGUUUGAACGUGCUUGCCAAUGUGAUCCGUAAGGAAUUGGAGCAGAUUUUCUGUCAGUUUGACUCCAAAUUGGAAGCUGCUGAUGAGGGUUCAGGAGAUGUCAAGUACCACUUGGGCAUGUACCACAGGAGAAUAAAUCGUGUGACUAACAGGAAUAUUACCUUGUCAUUGGUGGCCAACCCUUCCCAUCUAGAAGCAGUGAACCCGGUGGUGCAGGGCAAGACUAAGGCUGAGCAGUUUUACAGCGGAGAUACUGAUGGAAAAAGGGUGAUGUCAAUUUUGCUUCAUGGUGAUGCUGCUUUCGCUGGUCAGGGCAUUGUCUAUGAAACCUUUCAUUUGAGCGAUCUCCCCUCGUACACCACACAUGGCACUGUGCAUGUGGUGGCCAACAACCAGAUCGGUUUCACCACAGAUCCCCGUAUGGCACGCUCAUCUCCAUAUCCAACCGAUGUUGCCCGCGUGGUCAAUGCCCCCAUAUUCCAUGUCAAUGCAGAUGAUCCUGAAGCUGUGAUGUACGUGUGUAAUGUGGCUGCAGAAUGGAGGGCCACCUUCCACAAAGAUGUGGUGGUGGAUCUGGUAUGCUAUCGACGUAAUGGCCACAACGAGAUGGAUGAGCCCAUGUUCACUCAGCCACUGAUGUACAAACAGAUCAAGAAACAGAAAGGAGUUCUUCAGAAAUAUGCUGAGAAGCUCAUUGCUGAAGGUGCCGUCUCGCGACAGGAGUAUGAGGAAGAGAUAGCAAAGUAUGAUAAAAUCUGUGAGGAAGCUCAUUCUCGCUCUAAGGAUGAGAAGAUCCUCCACAUCAAGCACUGGCUGGACUCCCCCUGGCCAGGUUUUUUCACUCUUGACGGACAACCCAAGAGUAUCAGCUGCCCAUCCACUGGUCUGCCAGAGGAAGAACUGGCCCAAAUUGGACAAGUGGCAUCAUCUGUGCCUGUGGAGGACUUCACAAUUCAUGGAGGUCUGAGUCGUAUCCUCAAAGGCCGUGGUGACAUGAUCAAGAACAGGACGGUGGACUGGGCUCUGGGGGAGUAUAUGGCAUUUGGAUCUCUGCUCAAGGAGGGUAUCCAUGUGCGUCUUAGUGGCCAAGAUGUGGAGAGAGGAACCUUCAGUCACCGUCACCACGUUCUUCACGAUCAGAAUGUUGACAAAAGGAUCUGCAUACCCAUGAACCACAUGUCCCCUAACCAAGCUCCAUACACUGUGUGUAACAGCUCUCUGUCGGAGUAUGGAGUGCUAGGGUUCGAAUUGGGCUUUGCCAUGGCCAGCCCUAAUGCUCUGGUUCUUUGGGAGGCCCAGUUUGGAGACUUCCAUAACACUGCUCAGUGUAUAAUAGAUCAGUUCAUUAGUCCUGGCCAAGCCAAAUGGGUCCGCCAAAAUGGCAUUGUCUUGCUGCUGCCACAUGGCAUGGAGGGCAUGGGUCCAGAGCACUCAUCUGCCCGUCCCGAGCGCUUUCUGCAGAUGUGCAAUGAUGACCCUGACUUCAACCCUAAAAUCACUGAUGACUUUGAUGUGCGUCAGCUUUAUGACUGCAACUGGAUUGUGGUAAACUGUUCAAAUCCCGCCAACUAUUUCCAUGUGAUAAGGAGGCAGAUCCUCCUUCCCUUCAGGAAACCCCUGAUUGUCUUCACCCCGAAAUCUUUGCUUCGUCAUCCAGAGGCCAAGUCUAAUUUUGACCAGAUGCUACCAGGCACUCAUUUCCAGCGCGUGAUCACAGAUGAUGGACCCCCAGCUCAGAACCCUUCAGAGGUGAAGCGGAUUGUCUUCUGUACAGGAAAAAUCUAUUACGAGCUCACACGUGAACGCAAAGCACGCAAUAUGGAGAACUCUGUGGCCAUCACUCGAAUUGAGCAGCUCUCUCCUUUCCCUUUUGACCUGGUGAAGGCUGAAACUGAGAAAUUUCCCAACGCUGACCUGGUCUGGUGUCAAGAGGAACAUAAGAACCAAGGAUACUACGACUACGUCAAGCCCCGGAUGCGCACUACCAUCAAUCGUACCAAGCCUGUUUGGUAUGCUGGCCGUGAACCUGCAGCCGCCCCGGCCACCGGAAACAAGAACACCCAUCUUCUGGAGCUGAAGCGUUUCCUUGACACUGCCUUCAAUCUGGAUGCCUUCAAAGACCACAUAUAAAUCUGUCUCCGCUACAAAGAAAACAAAAACUCCCCCAUUCAUCCCACCAACCAAAACGAACCAUGCCAAACUAUAUUAUUCAUCCCCCCC